GGUGCAAUCAUUAAUAUUCAUCAACAAAAACAAAAACAACGACAUCAACAUCAACAACAAGGAUUAAUGUGUUCACAGCAAUCAAUAUUAAUUGCAAUGGAACGUUUUGUACGUUCAAUGAAUAAUUUGGAUCAAACAAUAUUGAUACCAUCAAAAUUACGUGAUAUGGAUAAUAUUGGCAUAAAAACUGAACGUCAUCUAAUACCAGAAAUAUUUUAUAACAUUAAUCAAUCAAAUCAAUCGAAUCAACAACAAACAACGAAUGAAUUGCAUAAUUUUUUUAUCAUGUUAAAUGAUGUUAAAAAAGAAUUACUUUGGGGUUCAUCAUCAUCAUCAUCAUCAACUAGCUCAAUAAUUACAAUGGCUCAAUCAUCAUCAUCAUCAUCGUCAUCAUCAUCAUCAUCAUCAACUAGUCAUGAAUUUGUAUAUCAACAUCAUCAUCACAAUAAUAAUCAUCGUAGGAAUAGUUCAAUUAAUAAUAAUUCACCAUUUUACAAUAGGUCAAUUAGUUUACAAUCAACAUCAUCAUCAUUUUCAUCAUCAUCAUCAUCAUCGAUGAUUCCGGUUAAACAUAGUCGUCAAUCAUCACAAGAAGAUUGUGGUAUUGUUGGUAUUGGUAUUGGUAGAAGUGGUAGUAGUAUUGGUUCAUCAUUAUCAUCAUCAUCAUCAACAUCCGAUACUGAAAGUGAUGCUGAUUCAAUGCUUACAGAUAGUUGUGAUGAUACAACAUCAAAUCUAUUUGUUUCAUUUCGUCAUCAUUUACAAGGUUUACAUACAAUUCUUAAUCAAUUAUCUGAUUCAGCUGAUUAUCUUUCAAUACGUUAUCAGGAAGAGAUUGAUGAUAUAUAAAGAAUUUGUAUUCUUCAGCUGAAAAUGACAUUUUUUUCAAAACAAAACAAAACAAAAAACUUUAAAUCAAAAUCAAUCAUUUUUAAA